GCUCAUCCGUGUGCGCGCAUUGCUUUCAAUACGCGUCACCGCUGUGUCGUUUAAAAAUGUUAUCGAACACUUUAAAGUGCAAUACGUGCAAUAUUAUUAUUGACGAAAUGUUAUCAUACAUUCAAAAUAAAAUUUCAAUAAGUGACGAAGAUACUUUAGUGCGAAUAUGUGAAAAGUCGUUUACAGUUGAUGAAAUUCAAAAAUCAAAAUCAUUGUUAUUCGAUGCUCUGCCUACAAAUGAGCGGAAUAUUAAAAGAAAGGGCGGAGGCAAGGAUCAAAGGGACCUUCGUGAUAUAAUACGUGUUUUUAAAGCAACGGAACCAGAUAUAAUUCCGACUUUCGUGGCUCACCAGCUUGAAAAACUACCCCCAUUGACUUUUGAUCAUCUUGACUGUUCCAAGCUUUUAAAGGACAUACUGCGGAUCCAGGCUGAAAUUAACACCAUAAAGGAUACUUAUGCCACGAAAGGCCAGAUAGAGGAUUUAAGGAAUGAAAUGCAACUAUCUUAUAGGUAUGCUUCUCCACCGCAUAUUCCUUUGUCCACUAUUAACGUAAAAAGGGGUGCUUGGUGUUUACAAGCAGACAGUGGACCUUAUGGUAUGUCACAACAUCAUAACUCAACCUUAAACGAUAAUGCUAGUUCCAUAAAACAAAAUGUGUCAAUGCAAAUAAAUCAGAUGGAGGAAAAUUUGCAAUAUAGAACCAUUGUGGAUGAGUCAUCGACAUCUGUUCCGCAUGAACAACCUAUAUCCUUAUCUAAAUCUAUUAGUACGAGAAAUGAAAUGGCCGUCGAGACUGAUAAGGAAAAUAAGUCUACUCAUAUCGGAACUGGCUCGCCACGAACAACGGAAAGUCAGGUGAUCAGCUGUUCUACCUCCGGCGCGCAAAACGUCAUGAUUAGUAACAGCGACCCCAUAAGCAAAGAGUGCUUGCAUAAUAAAUACGGGGAUGAAUGGAAAACUGUUACAUACCGAAAAAAGAAAUCGUCAAACCGAUUUAAUGGACAGGUGGGAACGGCAACUAGUGAUGUCAACAGCAAGUUCAAAGCGGCAGAGAAACUGAUUCCUAUCUUUAUAUCAAAAAUACACCAGGAUACGAAUGAAAAUGACAUAAUAGAUUACAUAAAAACAAAAACUCAUGAAAAUGUGUCAUUAGAAAAAAUUAUAAUGAAAAAGAAACAAAAUCAUAAGGCUUUUAAAUUUUUUGUAUACGAGAGUAAAUUGCCAUUGUUUCUAGACACUAGUCUGUGGCCUAAAGACAUUGUAUUUAGGCGGUUUGUGCAUUUCAAGCACAGAUACUCGAACAGAGUUGCUACUGAAGGCGGCACAUAA